AUGUCCAACAACAACAGCAACGGAAAAGCCGUCGGUAUUGACCUUGGCACCACCUACUCUUGCGUCGGUGUAUGGCAAAAUGACCGGGUCGAGAUCAUUGCCAACGACCAAGGAAACCGAACCACUCCCUCCUACGUCGCCUUCACCGACUCUGAACGUCUUAUCGGUGAUGCCGCCAAGAACCAAGUUGCCAUGAACCCCCACCAUACCGUCUUUGAUGCCAAGCGUCUGAUAGGACGAAAAUUUGAGGAUGCCGAGGUCCAAUCCGACAUGGAGCACUGGCCAUUCAAGGUCGUCCCCAAGGGCGGCAAGCCAGUCAUCACUGUCGAAUACCGGGGCGAACAGAAGGAAUUCACCCCUGAAGAAAUCUCAUCCAUGGUUCUCCUGAAGAUGAAGGAAACCGCCGAGGCUUACCUGGGCACUACCGUCACAAAUGCUGUCGUCACUGUUCCUGCCUACUUCAACGACUCUCAGCGACAGGCAACUAAGGACGCUGGACUAAUCGCCGGCCUCAAUGUGCUUCGGAUCAUCAACGAGCCCACCGCCGCUGCUAUCGCCUAUGGGCUCGACAAGAAGACCACUGGGGAGCGAAACGUUCUGAUCUUCGAUCUCGGAGGUGGUACUUUCGAUGUCUCUCUGUUGACUAUCGAAGAGGGUAUCUUCGAAGUCAAGGCCACCGCUGGUGACACCCAUCUGGGUGGAGAAGACUUUGACAACCGUCUUGUCAACCACUUCGUCUCCGAAUUCAAGCGCAAAAACAAGAAAGACCUCUCAGGCAAUGCUCGUGCUGUUCGUCGUCUACGUACUGCUUGCGAGCGUGCCAAACGGACUCUAUCGUCUGCGGCCCAGACAUCCAUUGAGAUCGACUCUCUCUUCGAAGGUAUCGACUUCUACACCUCCUUGACCCGUGCUCGUUUCGAAGAGCUCUGCCAAGACCUUUUCCGAAAAACCAUGGAACCCGUCGAAAAGGUCCUUCGGGAUUCCAAGAUCGACAAGGCCAACGUCCACGAGAUUGUUCUCGUUGGUGGCUCCACCCGUAUCCCCCGUGUUAUCAAAUUGGUCUCCGACUUUUUCAACGGCAAAGAGCCCAAUAAGUCCAUCAACCCCGAUGAAGCUGUUGCUUACGGUGCGGCUGUCCAGGCUGCCAUCUUGUCUGGCGACACUUCCGAGAAGACACAAGAUCUUCUCCUUCUUGACGUCGCACCUCUCUCCAUGGGUAUCGAAACUGCCGGUGGUGUCUUCACCCCUCUCAUCAAGCGAAACACCACUGUUCCCACCAAGAAGGGCGAGAUCUUCUCGACCUACGCCGACAACCAGCCUGGUGUCUUGAUUCAAGUCUACGAAGGAGAACGUGCCCGGACAAAGGACAACAACUUGUUGGGCAAAUUCGAGCUCUCCGGCAUUCCCCCAGCCCCCCGUGGUGUACCCCAGAUCGAGGUCACAUUCGAUGUCGAUGCCAAUGGUAUCUUGAAUGUCUCCGCCGCCGACAAGACCACUGGAAAGUCUAACAAGAUCACUAUCACUAACGACAAGGGACGACUAUCCAAGGAAGACAUUGACCGAAUGGUCAACGAUGCCGAGAAGUACAAGGCCGAAGAUGAGGCCGUUGCUGCCCGGAUCACUUCCAAGAACGGACUGGAGUCCUACUCAUACAACCUCCGAAAUUCCAUCGAGGGUGACCUCAAGGACAAGCUGGACGCCGAUGACAAGGCCAAACUGGAGAAGGAAAUCAACGAGACCAUCAGCUGGCUCGAUGCUUCCCAGGAAGCCUCCAAGGAAGAGUACGACGAGCGACAAAAAGCCCUGGAAGCUGUUGCCAACCCCAUCAUGAUGAAGGUGUACGGCGCUGCUGGUGGUGGCAUGCCAGGAGGUGGCAUGCCCGGUGGACCUGGCGGUUUCCCUGGUGCAGGCGCACCCGGACCUGGAGCCGACGAACCCUCUGUUGAAGAGGUCGACUAA